ACCGGUGUUAAAUACGCCAACAAUGAAAUUUAUUUUGAUAUUGUUGAAGAAAUUGAUGCCAUUGUCGACAGUAAUGGCUCGAUAGUAUCAUCAGAGACACACGGAUCAAUACAAGCCAAUUGUCGAUUAUCUGGCAUGCCAGACUUGACUUUAAGUUUUAUCAAUCCUAAUGUUUUGGAUGACUGCAGUUUUCACCCUUGUGUCAGAUAUAACGCAUGGGAGAAGGACAAGCUGUUAUCUUUUAUACCUCCAGAUGGGCAUUUUCAAUUAAUGAGUUACAGAGUUAAUAUUCCUCAGAAUUAUGGCUUGCCAAUAUUUGUAAAGCCACAAAUACAAGUUGGAACGAAUGGAGGAAAAUUUGAUAUAUCGGUAAGUCUCCGCAACACCGGCGGCAAAGCAGUGGAGAAUAUACUUCUUGAAAUUCCUUUGGGCACGUCUGUUUCCAAUAUCUAUGCGACUUGCAAUGUUGGAUCGUAUAUAUUCGACCCUGCAACUAAGUGUGUACGUUGGGACAUCGGGAAGAUAAAUCCGGGGGGAAGAACCCCACUAUUGUCGGGUGACUUUAAUACGACUGAAGGAUCACCAGAAACUGGUCAUCCCAUCUCAGUACAUUUUACUAUAAACAUGUACCCACUCUCUGGAUUAAAGGUUGACGCUUUGAAAGUUUAUGUUGAAAGCUAUAAACCAUACAAAGGUGUACGGAGCUUAACCAAAGCAGAGUAA